AUGGGUGGGUGCGUAGGUAAGCCAUAAAAAAGAAGCAAAAAACCUUACGUUUUACCUAAAACAUUAGAAUAGCAAUUUAAUACUAUUGAAAUUGAUUUACUUUAUCUGAUAUAUUAGGACUUAGCCUCAAGAAACGUAGAAAAUUUAGUCAACAAGACUGCUUUUACAGAUUUCUUCACAAUGAUUGGGUUGUGGGGUGAACUUGUUUUUGAUUAUUUUAACUAAGAGAACCAUAGCCUAUUAAAUUUUGAGCAAUUUCUUAAAGGAGUUGUCCAUUAUAUCAAAUGUGAUGAAGACUAAAAAAUUUAGCAUCUCUUUAAAUUAUAUGAUUUAGAUAAAUAAGGAUUGAUUCGAAAAUCUGAGUUUCUUCAGAUGAUAUAAAAUUAUCCAAGAGAUGACUUAAUAAAAUUACUUGAUGACCCUAUGUUCUUGGAGGAUCUGAAAAUUCUCAAGUAUUAUGAGACUAAGGAGAUGAUUAAUCAGAAAAAAAAUUAACCCAAAAGAGCAGAUGAAUAAGAGUUUACAGAAUCAGUCCACGCAAUAUAGCGAAAAAACUCCAUGAGUGGAGAGAUGCAAUCUAUAUAAGGGGCUUAAUCAGGGGAAUCUGCCAUUGGAUCGUAAAGUAAUUUACCAGCAUUCAAUGAACAAAGUGUUGUUAUGAUGUUCCCAAAUGAAAGCAUGAUUGGACCUACUGGAGUUCCCAUGGGACAAUUUGGUUAGAACAUUACCUUCAAUAUUAAUGGAAAAUUGGUUGAAUUAAAAAGAGUCAAUAUUAAUUACUUAGUUCAUAAAUAUGUGAAUAUGAUCUACAAACAUAAAGCUAAAAAUGAUUAAGGUUUAUCACUUGAGGAUUUCAAAUCUUUUGUUAAAUUACAUCCAAAGAUUUUUGAAGGCCUUUAUAAAGCUUUCAAUUUUGAUGUAUGGGGUUUUGAUACUAUUGCCUCUGUUCCACGUAUGAUGAUGACACCAAAAGAUCUUGAAGGGGAGGUUAAAAAAAUAACCAAAAAGAAUCCAAAAGUUAGCAAUCCAAGAUAUUUUAAAUUAAUGUAGAGGUUCUGCUUAUCUUUUAAGACUAAAGAUUCGACUUUGCCUUCAAGGAUCUUUUGCCUUGAUGGCUUAACAAUACAAGAAAAAGUAAACAACUAAGAAUAACAAUAUGGAUUUGAAGUGUCUCAUAAAGAUAAACUAUAUUAAACCAGAACAUAUAUGUGUGGACUAACAGUUUAUAAAUGUUUUAAAACCUCUGUGAAUGACUAUUAUUCAAUUCUUUAGAAGAUUGGAGAAGGCAAAUUUUCAAUUGUUUAUCUUUGUGAAUGCAAAAAGGAUAGAUAAACAUUGGCUAUAAAAAUUAUUGAAAAGUUUAAAUUGUCUAAAUCUGAAAAAUUAAUGCUUGCUCAUGAGGUAGAAAUCAUGAAAUUGCUUAAUCAUUCUUGUAUUGUUCGUUUCCAUGAAAUUAUAGAAACAAAAACACAUUUAAAUAUCAUUACUGAGGUUGUAAGGGAUGGAGAUCUAUUUGAUUACAUUAUUAAAAAUGAAAAUAUUAAUGAGCAAGAGGCAUCCUUAAUUAUGAGUUAACUUUUUGAUACUCUAAAUUAUAUUCAUAGUGUUGGCAUUGUUCAUAGAGAUUUAAAACCAGAAAAUAUUAUGAUUGUUUUGGAUGCUACAAAAAAAAAUGUUAAGUAGGUCAAAAUUAUUGAUUUUGGCUUUGCUAAUUUUUUAACAAACAUUUAAACUAAAGAAGGAGAAGCCCUUUGUGGGACUACUAAUUAUCUUGCACCUGAAAGUUUGGAAUAAAAAAAAAUAGACUUUAAAGUUGAUAAUUUUGCUUUGGGUGUUAUCCUAUAUUUUCUACUUUCAGGUUACUUACCAUUUGAUUCAGAAUUUCCAGAGGAUAUUAUUAAAAAUAUUAUUGAAUGCAAAUAUGAUCUGCAAGAAGAGUUUUGGUAAUAGAUUUCAGAUGAUGCAAGAGAUUUAAUAAAGAAACUAUUGAUGAAAGAGCCAGAUGAAAGAAUCUCUAUGUAAUCGGCUUUGGAGCAUCCAUGGAUUAAAAAUCGAAAUCAAUUACCAACUAAAAAGGCUUAGAGAGUUAAAAAUAGAUUAGGGUUGUUUUGA